GCAGCGGAAACCGAAAGGGCGGUGUGGCCGCCGCUAGAGGUUGGUUCACCUUCACCUGUGCGAGUCCCUAGCUGACCCAAGUGGGUAGCUAGACAAGCAGUAAAACAUGAAUGGAAGAGUGGAUUAUUUGGUCACUGAGGAAAACAUCAAUCUUACCAGAGGACCCUCAGGGCUGGGCUUCAACAUCGUCGGUGGGACAGAUCAGCAGUAUGUCUCCAAUGACAGUGGCAUCUACGUCAGCAGCAUCAAAGAGAAUGGGGCUGCGGCCCUGGAUGGGCGGCUCCAGGAGGGUGAUAAGAUCCUCUCGGUAAAUGGCAAGGACCUAAAGAACCUGCCACACCAGGACGCUGUAGGCCUCUUCCGUGAUGCAGGCUAUGCUGUGUCCCUGCGAGUGCAGCACAGGUUACAGGUGCAGAAUGGGCCUACAGGACAUCGAGGUGAAGGGGAGGCGAGUGGUACUCCCAUAGCUAUGGUGCUGGUGCCAGCGCUUGCCCUCGCCGUGGUGGCAGCCUGGGCCUUCAUGAGAUACCGGCAACAGCUUUGAGAAGCUUGCUUUUUUUCAGUGCUCCCGAUGAAGAUACAUUUCUCUCUUUCUCUCACCCUGCUCCCCUGCCAUUCUCCUACAUAUUUCCAUCUCUGCAUAGCUGACACAUGAUGUAAAGAGACUUCCACCCAACCAGAACCUUGCUGUCCAGAAUUUCCGAAUCCUUAUCUUCUAAUGUGGGAGUAAAGGCUUGUGUGAAGGAGGACUGAAGAAAAGACUUGCAUAGAACAAAUGAGGUGUUAUAUACUUUACUAAGACCACCAAUAGAAGUUCAGCUACAACCCAAAGACAGAAAGGUCCAGUCUUCCCAUCACCAUGGUUGAUAACUUUUUUCUUAGCUGGCAUGCCUCAAAGGUCAGCUAUGUGGUAUAAGAGGAAGAGAGGAUUUUUCCUUUUUAAUGAUCUUCCUUGGGAAGUUUUUGUGGCCUUUAUUUAGUUUCUGAUUACAUACUUGGGUGCCUGUAUCAAAGGAUAAUGAGGAGAGCAUUUUUAACUUCUUUAAGAAAGCAAAUACAUAUUUAUAUACACACACACAUAUGCAUAUGUGAUAGUAUAAUAGUGAUGCCUUAUGGAGGAUGAAGAGGUGGAAAGCUACCCUGCAGUUUCCAGGUUUCUGAUGUACAGGGUGAUCCGAACUGAAGACUUUGAUAUACAGUGAGAGUGAGAGAGUGAGCCUUAGAAGAGGAUGCCCAAUCUGAGUCAUUAAAAAAUAAAGAAAGAAAAGUCAACUGAAGCAAAUAAAUAAGAAUCUUAGAACAGUGUUUCUUUUCAUAGUAACUGGUGAAGUUGAGGUAAAAUUCCAUAAUCCAGCUUUGUAUGAACCAAAUUGUUCAAAAAACUUGGAGAUGUAAAGAUAAAUCUUACCCAUUUCUGGGCUAUCCUAGUGAUUUUUUUCAUACCCCACAGCCUGUUUAGGGGUCAGUUGGAAUGAUUGUGGUCAGAGCUAUGGUGAUGGGCCAAACCAACCCAGUGGGAAAACUCUGAAAGGCAAAAAAGACAGUGCCUCCAAGGUGGUCACUAAACCCUUUCAGGCCAUCUGCCAGUCUUUUCAGUUCCUAGUGACAGACAAAAUCUGAGAGAAGGAACUGCUUGCUAGCAGGGGAGGCAUCAAAUCAGCUCUGCUUCUGAUACGGUUACUUUGAAAGGGUUUGAAUUACUGGCUUUUUGAUAAGCUCUAAAUACUAGUUAUGGGCUUCUAAUGAAUAAACCAUUUUGCAAGGAAGGAGAAGAAAAGAGUUCUUGUUUGUUUUAGGGGGUAGGGAAGCUUGGUGGAUAUUUCAUGGGGAACCCUUUGGAGAAGAAUAUGGAUACAUGGGUACUAAAGAACCUGUGAAUAUUAAUGAGGUGGGGACUAUUCUAUUCAUGCGGUAUUGAAGGUUGGUUUUAAAUCAGUAAGGAAAGUUUGAACCAAGGCUAGUCUGGCUUUAAGAAAAUCAUUUCCAUCUUCCAAAUAUACUGGCCAGAGUAUAGGCUUUAUGUAAUCUUGACAGCAAGAGUAUGAGGACUUGCCCUCAGGCAACCACUUGUGUUCAAUUUUUAGCAAGGAUUAUCUAGUAGGAAUUGUACAAAUGUUGAUUGGACAUCAGUUUACUUCUACAAAGAAGUAAAAUAUGUAGCCUCCAUCCUAAUGGGUUUGUUUGGUUCCAGGUAGGAAGAGAAUAUCUGUACAUAAAAAUGGAAUUGGGUGCACAGGUAGGACAACAAUGUAAACUGGUGCCAAAUUUACAUUGCAGACAACAAAAGGGAACAAUUGCUGGAAAUUGAGACACUUGAGAAAGUUUCAUGGAAGAAAGGGGCAAGUUAAGGAACCUUGAGGAGCUCAUAGUCUUAUGAGAAUUCAUAAAUAGGUGAGAAGUUAAAAGUAUAACAUAAGGUUAAGUGACCAUUGAGAACAAUUCUAAAAGAAAUGCAGCAGCAAAGAUGUGCAGACAAUCAUCACUUUAUUAGGAGUUUGUGAAAAGAAGGCUGCCAUAUAAUGGCAUCAGGCCCGAGUGGAAAGGAAAGGCUUUUAAGAAUGAAAAAGUCCAGUAAGACCUUGCCUCUGGGUUAACUAUUGUGAGAGGGAGCAACUUGCUUUAAACAAUCCUGAUAAUGCCAGAUGCCUUUAGACCUGAACUCUUCAGGACCUGUGAAACUCACUUAGACAGCUGCUCUCUUAGGGUCCACACAAAAGUGCUGACAGCUUUCCAAUUUUCACCUGAACUAGACCAUCUGUGGAGGCACAGCCUCUGGUCCCUCUAGAGGCUUGUGCAGCAGCUUCUGUUGUGGACCUGUUUACCUCCCAGGAUUCUUCUCAGGGUUUGGAUAUUAAUUCCCAAGAGGAUCUUGAGAUGUACACAAUGAAGCAAAUGGCAAGCAGAAAAGAAAGCCAUUUAGUUCUUUGUAUUUGUUGGUAUAUGUAAAUAAAAACACCUAUCCUGUACCAUUAUUGGUAGAAAUUUUGCUUAGGUUGGUAAUGAUUCUGAUGCACUUUAAUAAUUUAGUUCUUUUUUCCUGAGUGAAAUAGCAUUUAAAGAUCAAUAUGGUAAAGUUUGGGGCAGGUAUGCUAUUCAAUUAUAUUCCUAUUUCUGAUCCUCUAGAAAACUUACUUUAGAUGAGGUGUUGGAGUCUAUUGUUAGUCACCACAAAAAUUCAUGCUCCUUAUAGAUUGAAUCUAAUAUUGCUAUCACUUUGUAGAUUUUAUCUGAUGUUACUACCAACCAAAAUUAGUAUAUUCAAAGUUUUAAAAAUUGAAUUUGUCAUCCUAUUAUUUGUAUAAUUCUAGCAAUAUAUUGUUUGCUUCAGUCUCUAUUUUAUUUCCCUGCUAAGUUUUAAUCUGUGCUAUUGAUUAUUUAACUUAGUUGAUCACAGCAUCUACCCAUGUAUAAUGGAAAAAGGAAAUUAAUAUCUGUUACUGCAUUCUGUGGCAGGGACUGUAUUAAACUCUGAUUGGCAUGCUAUUUGUUAAUACCUCACAAUUCUGAGAUCUAAUAUAAAGAAAAGAGAAUAAAAUACUUUCCUAAGAUUACCGGGGUGGUAAUAAUAGAUUUGGGAUUUAAACUCAUGAGCAGUGGUAUCACCAUCAAUGAUAUUCCUCUCUGGUAGCACUCAAAGUGAGGUCUCUGGACAAAAGCAUCAGCAUUACUUGGUAACUUAUUAGAAUAGCACAUUCUUGGGCUUCACCCCAGACUUGCUGAGUCAGAAACUAAAUGGGGCACCCAGCAACCUGAGUUUCACUAAUCCCUGCACGUGACUGAUUGACCUCAAAGUUUGAGAAUCAUUGCUCCAUGCCAGUAGUUGUCACUAUAUUCCUUUUCAGGUUAGAAGUACCCUGAGGAGCUUAUAAAAAUUCUGAUGUCCAGAUUAAAUAGAAUCUCUGCAAGUGGGACUCAGGCAGCAGUAAAAUAAAACUCAUCAGGUGAUUUCUAAUGUGUAGUGUCAGUAAGAAACAUUCUAUGGCAUUUGAACUUGGACGCUAUUUAAAUUGCUAAAUUACACACAGGCAUUGCUCCAGCCGAAAAUGAGAAUUUCACUUGGGCCUUAAUAGAACCUGGUUCUCUGUGAGCUUCUGUCCCAAGUAUAGAUACGGAGUAACAAGAAGCAUUCUUUAGCUUCUGACUUGCUAAGGAUGGAACAAACUCCAGCAAAUGUAUUAGUGUUUCAGUUUGUGCAUCUGUUAAAUCAGAACCAAAUCACAGAACAUUGGAGCUUAAGGGGAGCCAGGAAGAUUCUAGAAUGAAUCUGUUUUAGAGAUGGGAAAAACAAGUCUUGGAGUGGUAAGCUGACUUAACCCAGAUCAAAGACUUAGUCUGCAGAGGUGCUCUGUCUGCCUCAUAUGUAUGUCUUGAGUGUAGCCACUAUGUAAACAUACACAAAACUGUCCUUUUUAUCUCAGUACACUUCCAUUUUCUCUCUUUGGGACCGGAAGAACUGAUGGGCAGCCGAAGGGUAUUGCAAGUAUCAUGCAAAAUUGGGAGAUGGUACAGAAUAUUCUGAGAAAGACCUAAUAUCAAAUUAAUAGAUGAACUCUUCGGAGACUACUUCCAAUAGUUCUAAACUGGAGAAUGUUUUUGACAUUGGACAUUGUUUUUAUUGUGUAAAUAUACAAUUAAAAAAUAUAUUUAAAGAAAUGAAAUACCAUAAGGAACAUCAGGCUGUCAAGUAUGUGGGGGAGUGGUGCUCAUGUAAUCUCAUAUGGAGCCUAUAAAGAUUUUAUUCUAGUCAAUUUUAGUCAAAAAUUUAUCUUGGAUGGAUGAGGGUUUUCUCCUUCAUUCAACAUGAGUGCCUGCUAGGUGCUGAACAUAUAAAGCUAAACAAGAUAAAGUCACUCUUAAGCUGAAAUAGCUCAUCAUCUGAAAGUGGAGGAGUAUUUGUUUUUGAUCUUACUAUUUUUCUAACAUCUCCUGAAGUAGAAGAUUGAGUUAUGAAGCUCUCUACCUCUCACCCAUAAUAGGUUUAUAGUUGGUUACUAUCCUGGGGUAAGCCCCUUUUGCUGUUUCUCUUCUCCAGAUCGUUCUGAGACCAGCAUUCACAUCCAAAAGGGCAAUUGUAAUCUAAAGGAAGAUGGUAUUCUAGGGAAAUAUGUUUUGAUUGGAACCAGAUUCCUAACUGCCAUAGACUCUUGUCUGAUGCUGAUAUUUAUAUGUAGACUAUCAAGCACUUGAUAUGCUUUCCUGAUGCACUUGAUGAUACUGUAAUAACCUAUAUUGUAAGUGUUACUGUGUCUAAGGAAUCCAGUUGUAGCAAACACUAGGCCAUGUUGCUGAACAUUUUCCUUUCUGUUCUUAUUCUCUUUUGCAGAGGUAAAAGGCUGGAGGAGAGGGCUGAAGUAUGUUUUCAAAUGCAAGUCAGUCAUUAACAAACAGUGAUUUAUAAAAGAACUUUGUAUUUAUUGUAAUCAUUAAAUGUAUUGACCAAUCACAGGAAAAUGGGAUGAUCCUUCUUAGUUGCAGAUUGGUGAAUGGAAUUGCAGAAUUGAGUCCCAAUUUAAUUGAUUUGAAUUUGAGUUCUUACUGGGUAUAUGUGCAUUUUGCCAUCAGGCUGUGUUAGUUCUUAUAAGUUAUUUUCCUUAUGAAUCUUAUUUUGCUUCCUUUCUACUUUCAUCCUAAUGUCACAAUGCUUGCCAGGAUCUAAACAGCAGAUUAUCAGAUCAAAUGGAUGCCCUAUAGAUGGAAGACACAUAGACAUAAAACUAUCUUCUAGGGAAUAUCACUACUGAUUAAAAAUGUUAAUGCGGUUAUCAAAAUAGAUAAUAAUCUCUCCUAAACUUUGCUACAGAUACAGCAAGUGAGAUAACGGUGUAUCUAACUGCCUAGCUCAGUUUUGGCAUUCAAUAAAAACUUGUUGCAUUUGUCA